AUGCUUAAAGAGUGUCCAGGGAUGGCAGAAGAUCGUCAGCAGCAAAUGGGUGUCCCUGUGGUAAAACUGGAGAAAGAGUUGCCAUGGGGCAGAGCGAGGGAAGGCCCCAGCCCGGAGACUUUUCGCCUGAGGUUUCGGCAGUUCCGCUACCAGGAGGCAGCUGGUCCCCAGGAGGCCCUCAGGGAGCUCCAGGAGCUCUGUCGCCAGUGGCUGCGGCCCGAGCUGCACACCAAGGAGCAGAUCCUGGAGCUGCUCGUGCUGGAGCAGUUUCUGACCAUCCUUCCCCGGGAGUUCUACGCCUGGAUUCGGGAGCACAGCCCGGAGAGCGGCAAAGCCCUUGUGGCCGUGGUGGAGGGCUUCACGGAGGGAGCCCUGGAGGCCAAGGCGGUUCCGUGCCGUGUGCAGGGAGAGCAGGAGGAGACAGCACUUUGCAGAGGUCCUUGGGAGCCAAGUGUCCACCUGGGGCCUGUGGAGGUCAAGCCCGAGUGGGGGCUGCCCCAUGGGGAAGGAAUUCAAGGCCUCCACCAAGGCGCUGAGGAGCAGCUCAACCAGGACCCUGGAGAGGGGACGCAGGCCUUCCAGGAGCAGGCUCUGCCAGUUCUUCCGGCUGGUCCUGGCCUCCCUGCAGUGAGCACCAGAGACCAGGAGAUGGCAGUGGGGUUCCUUACAGCUGGAUCCCAGGGGUUGGGCCCAUUUAAAGACAUGGCCCUGGCUUUCCCCGAGGAGGAGUGGAGGCACGUGUCCCCAGCCCAGAUAGACUGCCUUGGGGAGUACGUGGAGCCCCAGGACUGCGGGGUCUCACCUCCAGGCCUGGGGAGCAAGGAAAAGGAGGUGAAGACCCAGCCGGCAGACCCCAAGGGGCCGCUUGCUCGGGGGCUGGCAGAGAAGUUUGGGGAAGCCUCUCUCCAGGUCCUGGAGCUCGGAAGAACCUGUGAGCAGGAGGCCGGGAGCUCAGUGGGGAACGCGCCUGGGCCGCCCCCUCCCCAGCGCGGCAUUGCCCCCCUGCCUGAUGACCUCAAGACCCACAGCUCCUUCUGGAAGCCUUUCCAGUGCCCCGAGUGCGGAAAAGGCUUCAGUCGGAGCUCAAAUCUGGUCAGACACCAGCGGACCCACGAAGAAGACAAGUCCUACGGCUGCGGGGAGUGUGGGAAAGGCUUCGCGCUGCGUGAGUACCUCCUGAAGCACCAGCGGACCCACCUGGGCAGGCGGCCGUAUGCGUGCGGCGAGUGCUGGAAGACCUUCAGCCAGCGGCACCACCUGGAGGUCCACCAGAGGAGCCACACGGGCGAGAAGCCCUUCCAGUGCGGGGACUGCUGGAAGAGCUUCAGCCGCCGGCAGCACCUGCAGGUGCACCGGCGGACGCACACUGGGGAGAAGCCCUACACCUGUGAGUGCGGCAAGCGCGGGGAGCGGCUGGUCAGGCACCAGAGGAUCCACACUGGGGAGAAGCCCUAUUGCUGCCCUGCCUGUGGCCGGAGCUUCAACCAGCGGUCCAUCCUCAACCGGCACCAGAAGACGCAGCAUCGCCAGGAGACCCCAGGGCAUGGUAUCCGGAGUUUCAGUUCAGGUCCCGGUUUUUCUCCUUCAGUGGAUGUUCACGUCUACCUCCUGAGCGAGUCUGCUUGUCAAGAACCACCCAAAGUGGAACCCGUGGCUGCUCCCCAGGACCCUCUGGACCUGGCGUCUGAGCCUCUGCCUCAGUCCUGUCAGCUGGCCCUGAAAUGCAUUCGCCACCACCUACCUCUUGUUCCUGAAUCAUCUCCGUCCUCAGUGCAUCUCGGUCCUUGUCAUCUGAGAGCGAAUGAACUCCUGGCCCUUCAGUUGUCCCCACGAGGCUGUGCUGACCAGGGCGCUGUGAGAUGUCCACUCUCUGAGAUGCUGGGCUGCUCCUUCUCAGCAACAUCGAGGUACAGGUGCAGAGUCAGCUCUUUUCUUCCCCAUGCCCCAGACAAGCCAGGCAAGGCUUACAGCCACCUGGAGGCCAAACCCAGUAGAGCUGUGGAGCUCCACCCGGCAGGACCCAAGGCCGAGAGUGGGACAGGUUUGCGGAGGACCGUGAAGCCUGUCUCCAAAGCUAGGUUCACCCCAGGGUGUGGGAUGGUGGUGGAGGAACUGGAGGAGUUUGGAAACUGGGAUGCUUGA